AUGUCGCAACAAUUGAUAAACGAACAAAGCAAAUAUAUCUUAGACUUAUUUUCUGAACAGACUAUUGAUUCACAAACUUUAGAUUCGCUUUCAGCACAAGUGCAGAAAAGGUUUCCUAAAUCUGAACAUUUCAACUUAUGCCUCCUCCUCUCAUCCCUUAUCACUGGUGGAGACUUGUCACUGCCUGGACAACGUGUGGUCGCCUUAGCUAUUCUCUUUGAUACAUACAAGCAGGACAACCCAUUCAGUUCGUUGUUCUUGCACCUUUUAGAAGGCAAGCCAGGACUAUUGCCUUUAGCACCGCAAGAAAGACUUUUCAUUGGACAGCUUUAUGGUUUUCUACCAGUAAAUAAUAAAGAUAUAUUAAAAAAGUCAGCAAAGCAAGUGAUGUUAACAGAAGUGUCAUCAAAGGACCUGGAAUUUGAUUACUCUUCACUUCAAACCUUGAUUGCUGAGAGGGCCUCGGAGAUCAGCUCAGUGGCGAAAGCGACUGCACCUGCACUUAUUCCAUUGGGAGAUGGGAGUCCACCUAAUCGCAUGGCGAUGAAGGAGUUGCUGGAGGCGCUCAUGUCGAACGAGUACAUGCCGCUGCACCGCACGUUGAAGGCGGCGGGGCCCAUCCCGCCACCGACCUUCCUGCUGGACCCCACUGAAAUAUGUUUCGCUGAUGAGGGCGUAUGGAAAAACCUCGUAAACCGCGGUGCGUACGUGCCUCUAUACGACACGGAAUACGAAGGGUUGCUAGGCUUGAAGCCUCCCGAAAAGGUUCCGGAAAAACGCGUCGGUCAACAGCACAAGCCCAAGGAGGAGAAAAAAGAGAAGAAAGAGGAACGAGAGGAGAAGAAGCCAGAAGAGAAGGAUGCGGCCAGUUUAAUAGUCGAGGCGAAGGAGCUGACUCAAUUAGCUCUCAAAGGAGCCCUAAGCGUUCAACAUCAGCAGAGGCUCCUGGCGUUACUCGAUCAAGAGCCAAAUAUUGUUUACGAAAUUGGUGUUACGCCUUAUCAGCUGCCCGACCUCGUGGAGAACAACCCCAUGGUGGCGAUAUCGGUGCUGCUAAAGCUGAUCCACUCGCAGCACAUCACAGAGUACUUCAGCGUACUGGUCAACAUGGAAAUGUCCUUGCACUCCAUGGAAGUUGUCAACAGACUGACCACAUCAGUGGACCUGCCCGUGGAGUUCGUGCACCUGUACAUCAGCAACUGCAUCUCGACCUGCGAGACCAUACGCGACCGCUACAUGCAGAACCGCCUCGUCAGGCUCGUCUGCGUCUUCCUGCAGUCGCUCAUCAGGAACAAGAUUAUCAAUGUCAAAGAACUCUUUAUCGAAGUAGAAGCAUUUUGCGUAGAAUUCAGCAGGAUCAGAGAGGCGGCAGCGCUGUUCCGACUCCUCAAGCAACUGGACUCCGGCGACGGCAUCGGACAUAAAGAGACCAAGGAAAACUAG